AAGUACAACAUCACGCAGCAAUAAGUCAGGCACAACGAGCGUUAAGUCAGGCAAUCCAAGUCAACUCGGUUCCCAGCCCGGCAUUGCAAUAGCAUCAGUCGGACCAUCGUUUCCGAGCGACCCAGGAACAUCAGCACCGGCGACCCUAAAUGUAGAAGCUACAACGACAGGCAGCAGUUGUUCUGGACAAUUAUCUGGAGGAGGUCCACGUGGUGGCACUUUCUCUGCACCGACGGAGGAAGAUGAAGCAGCCAUUACGAGUCCAACGCCAAAAAAAAGUAGGUAUCAUGCUGCGCUCGAUCGAAAUGACAUGAUUCAUUUGGAUCCACUGAACACGCACACGCGUGCCAAUAACCCGCGGAACAGUAUUGAACUGAUGCGUUACUCUUACAAUGCGAAGGAAGACACCGGAGGGCCUGUGAAUCUGAAUAACGUGUUGAGCAGUCAUCACUACAACUACAUGUACUCAACAUCGGCCGGCGGAGGCACGACGACAACGGCAACUA